ACCUUCGAGCGCUGCGUUCACUGUCAUUCGGGUCAGUUUCCGUUUUUCCUGAGCCCGCCGAGUUCUAAGAAGUGUCGUCGUGAGCAUUCAGCCGUGUUUUCUUCACGUAUCUUCACCGAGAAGUCAGAGUGCAUGCAAAAGGAAGUGUGUUCUAAAAGUGUGUUGUUUGGCGCAAUAUAAAAGUAAAUCCUUCCGUGGCCAUUCCUGAUUACACCCGCGCGUUCUCGUGUGUUUGGUGCUUUUUGAGGUGAGAGAGUGCGUUCGUGCGUGCGUGCGUAAAGUGUGCAAUCAACGUGUGCGUGUGUGUAUGUGUGUGUAAGGGAAGAAGCUAGAGGGGGAAAAAAGAGCUAGCCGCAAAAGAAAAGCAAGUUUUGCCCCAAAAUCCCUUUUCGGGCCCCACAGUGCGUUCAGUGUGUCGCUCGACGAGCGCCUAAAAAGCCUCUCCCUUUUUUCCUCCACGUGAAUCGUCCGAAUCGAAUCAGCUGAGGAGCCGGCUCGCACUAGAUUACCACAUAUACCCACACGAACUACUACACGAAACACACGAUCUCUCUGUAACUCUUUGUCACUCUCUCUCUCUGUCUCUCUGUCUCCUCUACUCUACAUACAACUUUCUGUCUGUUGAAGCAGACAAAAGCAACACACACCCUGUUCAACACCCCGUUCGACUGACACGAACCAACUCUUUGGAGUUGACAGAAAAAUAAACAUAAACACUCACUCAAAAACAGCCACAAAAGCAAAUUGCGAAAAUCGGGUAGCGCCUUCGAUUGCUGCCCGAAGAGGAAAAUUAGCGUUCAUCGCUGUGUGCUAGCCAGUCAAGGGCCAGUUAAAACACUCGCGCACCACACCAGGGCAGCCGCGCAGGCUACACGACCCAGGCACAACGAUCGCGUUCACACAGCAGCAACAUCCCCCCGGUGCCGGUGUGAUGAUCAUGGCGUCAUUCAACGGUGGCAGUGCCGCGGGCGGCGGCGGCGGCGGUGGCGGCGGCCAGGAUGGACCGCACAACAAGCGGCUCUGUACCGGCCAGGAGAUGAGCGAGGUGCCGCUCAAUAGUCGGAACAAUAACAACAACAUCAACGUCACAGACGAACCCCGCCGGAAGCGUGACGUUGCGACACGCCCGAACCAUAUCCUGCUGUUCACGAUCCUGAACCCGAUCUAUCCGAUCACAGUGGACGUACUGCACACGAUCUGUCAACCAAAUGGCCAGGUGCAGCGCAUCGUGAUAUUCAAGAAGAAUGGCGUCCAAGCAAUGGUCGAGUUCGACAGUAUAGAGUCAGCGACUCGCGCCAAAGACAGCCUGAACGGUUGCGACAUCUACUCCGGCUGCUGCACACUGAAGAUCGACUACGCAAAGCCAGAAAAACUCAAUGUUUACAAAAACGACAGUGACUCCAGUUGGGACUACACGCUGGAAAUAGCUGCCGCCACAGUCAAGGAGGUCGGUAAUGGACGCUCGCCCCUGCUCCAGGAUCCAACGCUCUUCGGUGGACGACCGCAGCCGUACAGUAAGUACCUUUCACCAUCACAUACACCCUACAACGAGUACUCUCAACCUACUCAAGGGACACGCUCAAGUCUAGAACCUGCUCUGCUAGGCGCCGGCGGAGGUAACGGUUUUCCGCCCAACUUUUCACCACCGGACUUCCAUCCGUCGGAGAACUGGAAACCGGCCGCAGCCGGCACACACGUCGGGCUCAUGAAGGAUCCUCCGUUGCCGCGUAAUGGACCCACCAACUUCAUCCAGCCAACACAGCAACAGGGCGCAGUGAUGAUGGUUUACGGACUCGACAAUGGAACCGCCAACACCGAUAAGCUUUUCAAUCUGUUCUGCCUGUACGGCAAUGUAGUACGGAUAAAGUUCCUGAAGACCAAGGAAGGUACCGCCAUGGUCCAGAUGGGUGACGCCAUCGCAGUCGAACGUUGCGUCCAGCACCUGAACAACAUUCCAAUCGGAAAUGAUGGCAAAAUUCAGAUCGCAUUUUCCAAGCAGAACUUUUUGUCCGAGGUCACAAACCCGUACACGCUGCCGGAUCAUACGCCCAGCUUCAAGGAAUACACCGGCUCGAAGAACAAUCGCUUCCUGUCGUUGACGCAGGCUAGCAAGAACCGCAUCCAACCGCCAAGCAAGAUUCUCCACUUCUUCAACACACCGCCAGGGCUAACCGACGAGCAGCUGAUUGCGGCGUUCAGCAACAACGAUUGCCACCCGUCGCAAGUGCGCAUGUUCCCGCUGAAAUCGGAACGCUCCUCGUCCGGGCUGGUUGAGUUCCCGAGCGUCGCCCUUGCCGUCCAGGCGAUCAUGAAGUGCAAUCACACCGCCAUCGAUCACAAAGGCACAAAGUUCCCGUUCAUCAUGAAGCUCUGCUUUUCGUCGUCCAAAACGAUGAACGGUGCGUGGAACAACGAGAACAUCGAGAACAUGAAGCAGGGUUCCGCCAUCCCGACGACGCCCGGCGCCGAGGAUGAACCGAUGCAGGCACGAUAAAUCGAUCGCCCACGAUGCUGCGUUCCCGCGAUCGCGAUCGCUACCAACAGUAACCGUGUGCUUUUGGGAGCAGGCAGAAGCUACCGGGGUCUUAUCCCGGUGCGUUUUCGUUGUUGAUGUGUGAUGCUAAUGAGCAGGCGAGAGAAGAAGCAGAAUCAAGCAGAAAAAUCGAUAUUAAUGCAUACACAAAAAAGUGUGCGAUCGCAAUUUCAUCCACCAGCCAAGAGAACAUUCACCUGUAAUCAUCGUAAAACAAACCAACCACCGUCUUUGUGUCGAAUAUAGGCAGGCAGGCAGUGCUAGCGCUGUGUCAAGCUGUACCCGCGCGAGUCACGUGUUUGUGUGAGGCGUGCGCUCAUCGCUCGACACACUAUCCCAACAUUGCGCUAUCCACAACGCGUAGAAUUAAGAGACAGACCGGCGCGCGUAACAUAUAGCUUCUGCAGCGUUCGUUCUAUGAGAUGAGCGCAAGGAUUCGUCCAGUAUAAUAGGGAGCGAUACAUACGCGCGCAGUGAGCAGUACGGUUUAGUAGGCGUUUUAGUUUAAUUAGCAACAGGCAGCAACAGUUGAGCGUUAUGGAAUGGCACGAAGAGAAAGAAGAGAUGGAGGAAAAAAACCACCGGAAGAAGAGUAGAGUGAAGAUUUGACGACACGACAGAACCAAGGAUGCAGAUGAAACACGGGAGCCAUUACCAUUUGUACACUAACAACGCCUAGUAUCGAAGGUGCCGAAUGCGAAUCCCUCCCCACGCCCCAGCUGCCCUAUUGACAGCAGUACAUCAAGCAUCCUACCCCCACUUUCUUUACCGCUUUACAAUCGAAUUCCCCCACAUCAUGCAACAAUCGUCACAAUCAAUCAAGAAAAGAAAAGACUAGGAGCUGAACACGAGAUGGCAAGCGAGCGGAAGCGACAGAAGAGAAGAUAUUACAGCUAGCAGAAUGAGAGAGCAAGAACGGCAAACGAGUGAAAGCUUUGAAACCAAAAAGUACGAGAAGCGGGGUAAGUAAGAAGGGAAAACCCCCACCUAAAAACGGAGGGCAAACAUUUCGAGCACGGGACGACCCCUCUAGGACUAGCUCAAGCAAACAUCAUCGCGUCCUGCUGUCCCUCGGAAUGGGGUCUUUCUUCUGCUCUGUGCAAAAUGGGCCACUGCUUGUGGUGCGCGCCGUGUGUUCGAUUUUUAGACAAUUAAGUAAGCAAAAUGCAGACCUAGACUUUAGCAACUGCGCAACAACAGCAACUAUUAUCUGUCCAAGCAUAUUAUCAUAUCCUAAUCCCUUAAUGUUGUUGCUUUCUUUUUUGUUUUUUGUUGUCCAUUUUAACUUUUUUCUCCUUCUUUUAGUUCAAUUUAUUUUUCCCGAUUUUUUCUUCUUUUCGUAAUUCCCAAAUUGUGUAUUUUUUUUUGCUGAAAGUACUCCUUCUUCUAUUAGGUACAUUGAUACAACACAACAAGAGAAAAGACAUUAUUUAUUGUUUACUAAUUUAGAAGCGAAAAUGCGUAUUAGAAACCGGGAGGGAGAAGUUUAAAGAACUGCGAAGAAGAAGGGAAAGCGAAGAGAGAACAAGCUGAGCGAAGGAUUCCCAGCUAGCAACGCUCUUUGCUCUCUCCUUCUCGCUCUCGAGCGUACCCUCUCUCUCUCUCUCUUUCUCUUGAUCGCCGUUCUGAAGGCCUCUCCCGGUACGCUUGUAUGUGAUGAACGAACGAACGAAUAUGGGCUUUGUGUGGCAGGAUGCGGAAGUCCUUCAGUGGCUGACCAUCGGUAUGAACGAGAUCGAGCGCAAGAUCAUGCCUGUGUGUGCGAGUGUGCGUGAGUGUGUGCAAGCGUGUGCAUUUGUGUAUACUGUUAGCGUCCACGCAUACGCAAUGAAAUGUUUUCUUCUGUUCUCUCGUUUUGGUCUAGUUUAUGUAUAGGUUCAGGCAAGAUUUCGAUAGAACGGGAUGGAAUCUGUACAAGUAAUGGGGAACGAAAACAACAACAAAAAAAUGGAAGAAAUUUAGCCAAUAGUGGGAUGAACGUGGCUGACAAAGAUGGCAUUAACAUGCAGUUAAUGUUAACAAUGUAUCCUAAAAUUGCGUCAUCAUGAACAAAUUAGAAAAGCAAAAUGGGACACGAUAAUUGAUAAUCCUAUACCUACAUACAUGCACACGAGACGCGAAUGGCGAAAGGUCACACACAAUCACACAAUGCGGUGUAACACUAGAAACGACGCAAACGCGCCACAUACACAUACACUCUCAAUACAAAAUACUAACAAAUAAUACACACACACAUACAUACACGUUUCUGGUUCGUUCGUAAGCAUUAUGAAUAGAGUUUAGAAAUUCCUUGAGAGAGGCUUCCGUGACUUCAGCUGACCUACCCCGGUAGCUGGAUGAUAAAAAAGGGGAUCCAUCCGGGAUAUGGGAUAUGAUACCCGCGUCCUUCGUGUUAGCAACAAGUUAGCAACGCCGCUGCUAACUAGACCAUCGGGAGCGAAUUGGGAAUAUCAAUCAACGCUUACUCAAUCGGUAGCGUUUGGAGGCCACCGCUCGGGACUAAAUUCAUUACACUAAGAGCCUACACAUUAUUUUUAGUAGUUUUUUUUUGUUCUUUUUUAAGAUAUUAACUUGUAAGCGUACGAGCUAAUCACACACACACAUACACUCACUUUCCAGGCAAGCACACCACUUCAAACACCCAGGAAUGUAGAGGCUGCUACGGCCCGAGCAAUAUAAGAGACCGAGCUAUUACAAGUACACUGCAGCAUGCAACAAACAUAUAACAACACCACUUAUAUAUAUAUAUAACAUAAACCACCAACCAACACCACCAACACCACACCGCACCGAACACACGCACCCGAGCCGCCAACGUUUCGAGGACAUUUUACACUGCGGAACCAAAAAAACCAAACCCCUUAACAGAAGCGCCACGCCACGCCUUUUGCUCCUUUAGCUUUUUUUGUUUUGUCCUAAAUUAUCAUCUUCAUUAGUCAUGUAGUCGUUUUUUUGUUUCUUUUCGUUUAACUCUUCAUAACUGACUAAGCGUUAGGGCGUUCGAUGUGUAAGACAAUUUUGUUAGAGCUUUUGUUUUAUGAUUACGAUUACGUUUACUAUUAUUAUUAUUAUUAUUAUUAUUAACUACAAUUACUGAUUAGACGAGUUAGGAUGAUUUUUUUUUUUGUUUUGUUUUUCGUUCGUUUAUCCUUAGGUGCAGCAAAGAUUUUCCUCUCACUUUCGCUUUAGUUCUGUUUGGGGGGGGGAUACAAACACAACAAUCCUUCUCCCCCCGUAUUCGUAUAUAGCGUAUAGGAUCAAAAGCAAACAAACGAGACAAAUGUGCAAUUUUUUUUGAGGAUUCAUAUCUUUUCUUGCUGGUUAGAAUUCGAUUUUUCGUUUAAUUUAAGUUGAGCAAUUCUUUUCGUUUCGAGAGAUUUUUUGUUUAUCUGUUUCAAUAAAGAAUAGAUGGAAUUUAGCUGGAGCUGGUGAGUUGGUUGCUCGUUGGCGUGGAAGAAAAGUCUGUGGAAGAAUUCGGGAAAAAACGGAACGAAGCGAACAUCUGAAAUCGAAGCCUGAACUUGUCGAACAUCUCUUAACACCCUUCCCUGGUUUUGAAAGAAACCCAUCCUUCUUAAUCCUCGUCCAGUUUUGUCUCUUUUCUCUUUUGAUUUUUUUUGUGUUUUUCUUUAGUUCUUGUCCACUUUUUAAUUUCUUCAGAAUCUACAUAUCCUAGCGAAAUUACUCGACCCGAAGGAAGCGCCGAAAACACUAGGCAGAGGAACACAAAAAAAAAACUUUAGGAAGAAAAUGAUUGCUGACCGGACCGGACAACCGGGAAAAAGGCCGGUGGAUGAUGUAUUUGGACGAAUCUUUAAGACGCGGCUCUCCUCUGAAAACGGCCGCUAUUGAAAAAGGGGCCUAGUACAGAGAAGCCUCCAGCGAAGCAGAGAAGAAUUAUACACCUACUUAUAUUUACACAGUGAAAAAGGAAAAAAAAGCCGUAAAGACAUUAGUAGCCAUGUAAGGACUGUGGGAAAAGGGAAAGAGAGCAUGCUUCCUCAACUGGCCUGGAACAGUUUUGAGAGUAGAAGCAGGUCCGGAUAGUACUACUGAUACUACUACUACUACUACUACCACUACAACAACAACUACUACUACUCGUGUGUGAGGAAGCUGCGUGCGCGCGUGCGAGUGUGUGCGUUUGUGUGUGUGUUGGAAACAAAUAAUCAAUAAUAAUAAUAAUGUAUAUGGUGGUCCAAUGUUGAAAUAAUAUCAUUUUACAGCUAAAAACAAGCAGAAACCGUAUCCUUAACCAAAACAAAGAGUAAAGCAAAAACCCUGUAGACAAGCGAAAGGCUAGAAACGGAAAGGAAGCAGCGAGCGAGAGUGUUACUUUAUUUACCCAAUUUUAGCGAAAAGAUAACGGGGGAAGAUUUUUAGAAGCUGUGUGAAGCACGCUCGCCCUAAGUAACCCACCAAGAAGGCGUCUGGAAAGUUCCAGCCGCUAGAACUCGAACGCGGGCCACAGACACUCAAUCUCAGCAAAGAUAUGCAAUCACUACAGUCCGUUUCGUUUCGUUUUUUUUUUUGGCUUCGUUGGGUUAGGUUUCUUAUGAUACCGAUUGUUAUGACUAGCUCUACCAAGGAGCUCCAAUACCCCCCAACAACAACACAAUCAAGCUAUAUACAGCUAGGAGGAAUCGAUACCUAAUGGAGGAAGCGGAUCAGACAGCUUCCAAGCAGCUUAGUAGACUUAUUUUAAAAAGGAUUGCAUUAAAGUUCGGAUCGGUUUAAUACUGCCCCACUACUCUCUCACAGGCUGUGGAUGUGUGUUAAAUGUACAUGUGUGCGUGGUGUGGUUGUGUGUUUCUUGUUGGUUAGAUUUUUGUUUAGGUAAAAUGGUGCAAAAAGGGGGUUCAGUAUGUAGGGUGCAAUUGUGCAAUCAGAAUCCUACCCAGGAAAUGGUUUAGUAAGCGUUAAGAAGGGCGUUUAAGUUUCAUUUACGUUAGGGGUUUUGAGGUCCUCGGGAACUCGUUGGAAGGUAUUUGCAGUCGCUUAUUUGACAGUUGCAAUCAUAUAAGGGGAUCUCGUAAGAGUACUGUGGAAUCUAUCAAUAUCGUCUACUCCAGACUGACUACCCGAAUAGUUCAUCAGUCUACAAAAGGAAAAGGAUAUUAAGGGCAUUUCUAACAGAAACGGAGGUCCUCAAAAGAAGCUCCAUGAAGCUCAUGAAGAACUACGUGAAGGCAAUAAUCCCCUUUAUGGUUGCAAUCAUCUCCUAAGCGCCUUUGAAUUCAAAUUCCCCUAUAGAACUGAGAGGAUCCUCAUGUGCGGUUCAAGCUUUCCCUCAGACAGGAUGCAAUAUUCCCUUAGCUGAAUCAAAACCCCCCGAGAGCAUCCGUUUCCUUCCAUUGCCUUUUUAUUCCGUAGCUUCGUUACCCUGCAAAGGGCAAAGCAAAGCAAUCGAGCAGCAGCAGUUAGUAAACGGGGAGUGGGAGAGGUUAGUAAACUAGUUCUUUGCUCAAUCAUCAAACAGCAAACCUCUCGACCGACUGACCGGCUGGUCUGGGUCCCCUAGCAGCAACUAUCGUUUUGCCACAAUUCUUGUGCAAUAAUCUAACAAUUCGUGGGGGUCAAAAAGGGGGCAAUCACGUGUUGUAUUGAACUAUUUAUUAAUUGCUAGCUUCAUAAGUAGACUAAUUUUCUUGUGUCCCACGUGUCGCCCCGAAACGGGGAACGGUCUGUUUCUGUUUUCUAACGUAAAAGGCGGCUGGCUGGCUCCUCCGUAAUCACUACUACCCGGUAUCCCCGGCGGAGGGUCGAAACCCGGGAUCCGGCAAAAUCUAUUCCCACCUUUAAUAUACACAAACAAAUACAAAACAGAGAGAGAGAGAAUAUCUACUUUAAAUAAACACACACAACAGUCAAAAAGGUGAGCCUAGGUGUGAAGAGUUAGGUGCGAUAAUAGUGAAUGUGCGUGUGUGGUUAUUAUUCUGCGAGUGGUGCGUACGUGUGCUUAAUACUAAACGAAUGCAAGGCGUUGGACGACUUUGACGAGGCAAAAAUUACGACAAUAUUUAAUGGUUGCGUUAGCUAGUGGGAAGAUCGUGAGUGUGAAGAUGAUCGAGUGGAGAUAUCGCAUAAAAUGGCGGGCGGAGAUGUGUUUUUUUUUUUUGUUGGUUUUGUUUGCGAACGAAUUGAACAUAUCCGAGCGCAGAGGAGACCUUUGUGUGUGUGUGUGUGUGGGAUUUUUCAUUUUCUUUUCACUCAAUUGUUCUAUUGUUAAUCAGGAAGAAGUGUUGUGUUUGUGACUUUGGUUCGUCCUUCCAUUUUGUCCUUACCUCCAUUCUGCUAUUAUCCCUGACGUUGCGCACCGGGGUUCCUUCGUUCUUCCUUCUUCCUGUCAGUGUUGUAGUGUGUAUGUGUGUGCGCUGCGCGCGGGAAUAUAGAAUUCCUUCGCCUGGACUCAGUGUCCAGGCAGUUCCAAUCCCCCCUCCCGGAAGUCCGGUUAAAUGAAUUAUAUUAGCUCUCUGCUUUAGAUUAGUGAUGGUAGUGUUGUAUUGAUAGUUUAGUGCGUAAGAAGGGAGGCCCGUUUACCAGCAUCCUCCUUGUCGGCUCCUUGUUCUCGUGAAGAUUGUGGGCAAAAACAUCUACACAGAGACACACACACACACGUAUCCGGUAAAAUCAUCCAAGUCAAAUUAAAUGUCUCCGUGGACAAUGGAGGAGAGCCGGGCAUUAUUGUGAGAAAAGGAAGGAUCAGACACAAUUGGUGUCUUUUUGUAAGUGCGUGUGUGUGCGUUCUGAUGAAAGGAAAGGCAAGAGCUAACAGACACACACACGCGCGCAGCCACAAUUAAGAUUGAUAUACUAUACCCUAGCAUUAUUGUAUUAAAAGAGGAAACAAAAAUCUUAAGAUGAAUUCUAAGCAAAAGUAGGCUAAAUGUUAGUACUAAAGAAACUUAUUAAAAAACAAAGUGAAAGUAAAGGUGGACAAAAUAAGGCGCGCUUUCUCGACUUGAGCAGAAAAAAAACAAGGAAACAAAAUGACAAAACUGACCAAGAGAAAGGAACAAGCUACAAACAAACAAACAUGAUACAGCUUUUCUGAGGUCAUAUAACAAGUGUUUCCAUGUUUAAAACAAUCGCCGAUUUUGAUAUAAGACACACACAAUCUAAGCAACCUGCGUGCUAUUGUUGUAAUAUCUCAAACCGCAAAUUGUUUUAAUCAUGGAGGCACUUGUUUCGUGACCUGGGAAACCCCUGUAACGAACCUUGCAUUUGCAAGAAAGAGACAACCUGAUUGAGAUUAAAAAAACUGCACCUUUUCCUACCCCCCUCUACAGAACUUAACUCUCCAGGUCCAAUGCGUGCGAAACCAAAUGGUGUGGUCCAAAGCCCUCUCGAACGGCCGAAACUGGUGGCGGCCAUUUUGUUUUCUUGUUUCUUGGUGGGCGAAGAGCUUUCCGGCUUGGCCGAACUCACGCUCACAAAGAAAUCAAAUGAGAAAACAAAACAAAAACGGGCCAGUUGUAAAGGCAAGUGUCAAUUAUUUUUCUCUAUAACAAAAAUACUAAUGCAAGCACACAAACACAGACACAAAGAAACAAAAAGGAAACAAAUGUAUAUGUGCCUACUCGGAACUUCAAACUCGAACUUCAGCACUCAAGCACACCACCCAAGAAACCGAAGAAACAAAGGUAUUGAGAGAAAUCUAAGAACUCGAUCCACCACACUGAACACACAACGGGACUAUUCAGUCUAGUAGACAAUGACAGAAAGAUGGACAGAACGGAAAGACGUGCCAAAAGAGAACGAAAGAGAAAGAGACAGAGAUGAACAGGAAGGGAAAGGAAAGUAUGAGAGUAACCUUUAUGUUCGUCGCUUAAAGGAAUGGAAGUUAGCUAAUUUUAAAUAAGAAAAACAAAGACGCAGCAGACAAAAUGGUAGCCAAUUUUAGCAAACUUGUUGUGAGUGUAUGCUUGCGGCUGUACAGGUGUGCGUGUGUGUGCGAGGUUAAGGCGCGAGUACACGAAUCGUGCGGGGCCGUCUCAUUGCAGCCUAGGCUAAAGAUUGUUGAUUUGCUUAGUUUUUGAUUCUCGUUUUUGUAAAUUUAAUUUAUUCCAAUUCAAUCGUGUGUAGUAUUUUUACACUCUCGCGAUCCUACUAUCGUACGUGACGAGCUGAUACGCAAACAAACAGAUCAUAAACACAACGAAGUCAACUGUUUCCGUUCAAUUUCUCAGUUUUGUUGAUGGGUCGGAAAAUUCUAACUGAAGCGUUCUGGUGGAAAAGGAUAAGCGAGAUAGGAGGGAAAUAGUUGUUGACUGGCAAGUCACGAAAAGGGUACUCAAAUGAUGCUCCACGAUGAAAGUUGUCAAAACAGAUCCGCUCGUUGACAGCUCGUUAGUAGUAACCAUUUGUCGGGGUAUUUGUGACGUUAAAACAUCGAAGUGAAAAAGACAACAAUACGCGACACAAACACUUACAUGCAACUCACACACACACACACACACUAACAGAAGGAUACUUGUAGUAAAGGAGAAAAGCAUCAACACACACACAUACGCAAACAGUAGACACAAGGAACAAAGCAACGUGUGUGGAAUAGUUCAAUGUGCCAAUAAGAGGCAAAGUAACGCUAGAAAAAAAAGCAGCAGAAGAAGAAGCAGAAGAAACAAAGUGAAGCAAGAAAAUCGGAAAUCCGGUGCGCGAUGGAAAAAGGGGGAAAAAACAAAAGAACGAAACACGAAAACGAAGGGAAA